CUCUUUCUCUAUCUGGCUUUGCUCUCCCACGAAGAAAUUUCAAUCCAUUCUGUCUCUAACAGCUUCCUUGUCCUUCUUCUUGCCCUGUUUAGUACGUGGAUAAAUAUAUGUAUAUGCUUAUGUAUAAAUGGUUCAUGAAAGCGGCUUAUAGGUUUUAACGUGAAUCUGUUGUUUUUGGACAUAGGGAUAGAGAAUUGAUUUUGGUGAUUCAUGCAAGCUAUGUCACCUACAAGGAUAAUUUAAUUUGUGGGUUAUUGUUGUUUGUACGUAAAUAGGAUCUAAAUUUGAGUCUUUGAUUGGUUUUUGAACUCUAAUUUCAAAGACUCUUGAGACAUUUUUGUCCACUUUGUCUACCCUGGAAGAUCAAUUUUGAGAAUAGUUAGUGUUCUCCGCGUUGGCAAUUCGCGGAGAUGUCGAGUUAUGUGGGUGUUCAUGUCUCUGAUCAAUGGCUUCAGAGUCAGUUCACACAGGUUGAGCUUCGCAGCCUCAAAUCAAAAUUUACAUCAGUGAAGAAUCAAAAUGGCGAAGUAACUGUUGAAGAUUUGCCUCCUUUGACGGUGAAAUUAAAAGCGUUUAAUUCGAUGUUCAAUGAGGAGGAGAUUAGAGGGAUCUUGAGUGAGUCCUUUUCUGACAUGAGCAGCGAGAUUGAUUUUGAAGGCUUCCUCAGGGCAUAUCUAAAUUUGCAAGGUCGAGCUACUGCAAAAUCAGGGGAAUCAAAGCAUGCUUCAUCUUUCCUCAAGGCCAUGACAACCACUCUUCUACACACCAUUAAUGAAUCAGAGAAAGCAUCUUAUGUUGUUCAUAUAAACAGCUAUCUCGCAGAUGACCCAUUUCUAAAGCAGUUUCUCCCCUUAGAUCCAGCCUCAAGUGAUUUAUUCAAUCUUGUGAGAGAUGGAGUACUUCUAUGCAAGCUUAUCAAUGUUGCUGUGCCGGGGACAAUAGACGAACGAGCUAUCAACACAAAACGGGUUCUUAACCCAUGGGAGAGGAAUGAAAAUCACACUCUCUGCCUCAACUCUGCUAAAGCUAUAGGCUGCACUGUAGUAAACAUUGGCACUCAGGACUUGGUCGAAGGAAGACCUCAUCUGGUUCUUGGGUUGAUUUCUCAAAUUAUAAAGAUUCAACUGCUAGCAGAUCUUAGCCUUAAGAAGACACCUCAGCUUGUGGAAUUAGUGGAUGAUAACAAUGAUGUUGAGGAGCUUAUGGGCUUGGCCCCUGAAAAGAUUUUGUUAAAAUGGAUGAAUUUCCAUUUGAAGAAAUCUGGCUAUGAGAAACCUGUCACAAAUUUUUCAUCUGAUUUGAAGGAUGGAAAGGCUUAUGCCUACCUGCUUAAUGUUCUUGCCCCAGAAUUCUGCAAUCCGGCUACAUUGGAUGCCAAGGACUCUGUGGAAAGGGCUAGUCUGGUACUUGACCAUGCAGAGAGAAUGGACUGCAAAAGAUAUUUAAGACCAGAAGACAUUGUUGAAGGUUCACCAAACCUGAAUCUCGCAUUUGUUGCACAAAUAUUUCAUCAAAGGAGCGGCCUUUCUACAGACAGUAAAAAGUAUUCGUUUGCAGAGAUGAUGAAGGACGAUGUCCAGACAUCUAGAGAAGAGAGAUGCUUUCGACUGUGGAUCAACAGUCUUGGGAUUGCUACAUAUGUUAACAAUGUAUUUGAGGAUGUUAGAAAUGGAUGGCUACUUUUAGAAGUGCUUGACAAGAUUUCUCCAGGAUCAGUUAACUGGAAGCAGACAUCUAAGCCUCCAAUCAAGAUGCCAUUCAGAAAAGUAGAGAACUGCAAUCAAGUGAUAAAGAUUGGGAGUCAAUUGAAAUUUUCCCUUGUUAAUGUAGGUGGAAACGACAUUGUACAAGGAAACAAGAAGCUCAUUCUUGCCUUCUUAUGGCAGUUGAUGAGAUAUAACAUGCUUCAACUCCUGAAAAACUUGAGAUCUCACUCACAAGGGAAGGAAAUAACUGAUGCUGAUAUUCUAAAAUGGACAAACUGCAAGGUUAAAAGUACAGGCAGAACUUCUCAAAUCGACAACUUCAAGGAUAAGAGUCUGUCAACAGGGAUGUUCUUCCUUGAGCUUCUUAGUGCUGUGGAGCCAAGGGUGGUCAAUUGGAACCUUGUUACCAAGGGUGAAACUGAUGAUGAGAAGAGAUUAAAUGCUACAUACAUAAUCAGUGUGGCAAGGAAACUUGGCUGUUCCAUUUUCUUGUUGCCUGAGGAUAUCAUAGAGGUAAAUCAGAAGAUGAUUCUCACUCUUGCAGCCAGCAUAAUGUACUGGAGCCUGCAAAAGGCAAUGGAAGAGGGAGAGUCAUCUCCACCGCCUGCUAAUGGCAAAUGUGCCAUUACACCUGAUGUAUCUCCAGCACGCUCUAUUAGUGGUGAAGACGAGAACUCCUCCCUCGGGGGUGAAGUCUCAAAUUUAAAUAUUGAUGAUGCUGCCUCUUAUACAACUGUCUCCUCACAGAUUGAGAGUGAAGAAGCUCCUGGAGGAGAAUGAAUGAUGAAGAGGAAGGUUUUCUACAAAAUUAUAUUUGGGUUGAAUUAGAAGAAAGUGAAUAUACAAUGUGCAGCCAAGUCUACUUAUAUCCUGCUUUGAUGCAAAAGCAAAUUUGAAAACAAGAGGGAAAGAAUAGAUCUUUGUAAAAUUGCUUGUUGAGAAAGAAAAAGAAGCACGAUUUCAACAUGUUCAUCGAUCCUUCAUUCGUUAUGUAGGUUAUACUGUUAGAUAUAUUCUUUUGACAUAAUCUCAUUUUCUUGCAAUAUUUAGUUUGAUCAUAAAAGUAGAUAGAAACUGACUCUAGUGUUGGUUAAGAUAGAGCAAGUGAAAGUUGUAAAUGUGGCAUUUUUCUAGUUAAUUUGAUAUGGAUGGUUACGUGAGUCUA